UAGAUAUCGCUCUUGCGCAGAUCAUUCAUUUCGUUGUCAGAAAUCUGGUGAUGGCAAGCACAGCGCCGUCUACUGGGUUGUCCGAACAGUCGAUUGGCAGAUCCAGCCUCACUGUGUGUCUUCGAAGCGUCGAAGAAGUACCGCACUGCUGUGUUGAUUCUGUAGCGACUACUGCUGCCGCUGCCGCUGCUGCUGUCUGUUGGCAGAGUGGCUGGUGAUUGUCUGACGACUACGCUCUAUCUGUGUGUCAACGAUACACGUUACCAUUUCCACUACUGACAUACUUCUCCGCUGGCCUCAUUACAGCUACUAGAGCCCCGCGUCGGCGGCACGCCACAAACAACGGUGUCGCGUCGCUUUGGGUUGCCAACUCUCAACGAAAUCCGCCUUCCACCAUAUUUCGGCACCUGUAUCGUCUCAUUUGACAACGACUUCGACGGCCAACAGACAGGAAAGCACGGGAUCGAGUAUGCAAAUAAGAACGAGUCUAAGCAUCUUUCAAAGUUAGUUUUCUAACAUAUCGUGUCAUUUGGUCUACCCAAAGCCAAUUGCUGAUGUGCGUACAGGCGGUUCUGCUUAUCUGUUCGUUGCAGCGGCUAGUGCCAUUAGUGUCAAGUUAUGCUAGACAUUUCCGGCUCCCGGGCCUCGAACAUUGGCUAAAAGCGAGUUCGUUCAACUCGUUAUCCGAUAACAGUGUGCCCCCUUGUUUCUGCUUAACCCAUUUUCUUUCUAAAUAGAUGAAUAAUAUCAAAUCAUUCAACUAAUAAUUACGUUUCUUCUCGACGUGGACGAUUUUUGUUGAAUCGAAUAUCAAGCUAACAGUGAAAUGAACAUAAAUAGCUUACAGGGAACUACAUGUGAAAAAAAUUCAAAGAGUCAAAGGUUGUGGCUUCGUUCAUGUACAGAGACCGGUCAAACCGAAUAGAGAAGAAGUAUGAGAAUACGGGCGCCGCAAAACACUUGUCAUCUUUGCGUUUGCGCCCUUAGCUCUACCUUCAUCAAGUCAUAGUCGGUUCCGUGUAGUACUUGUCGAAGGAUCUUCAUUCUUCCCAGACACACGCGAACAACCAGACGACCGAGACAUUGCGGGCACCAGACCCUCGCCUCGAUGACGAUACAAGCUAAAGGCAGGCCUGACGCUUUCCUCCUUUCACUCAUACACGGCGCACCCGCUACGCCAAUAGCGUAGCGCCACUGGAGCAGUAAUAACCGCCAAAGCCGCAUAAUAACGGUGACUUGUAGUAAAAAUAGUAGUGCUAAUUGUUGUAGUAUUACUGUUGCUGCUACAACCCGCAGAAGGCCCGCGAAGAAGGCCCGCGAAUACGGUGCCCGACACCAUCUGUACCAGCUGCUGGCAUCAAUCGCCCACCACUAUCCAGUGCUGCCAGACGCCAGACGCAACGACCACCGCAUUUAUUCACUUUUCCAUAUGAGAACUCGCUUUCGUCUUUGUUGCUUCCUUUCUGUCUCGUUCCCCUAGUAUCGGCGGGCCUCGUUGCCGUCGACAACGGCAACGGCAACGGCGGCAGCGUAUAUCGGAUAACGGCGUACCCCUCUAGGCCAGUUGGAUGCGAAAUAGAGGCCAUGAAGAUGCCGUAGCUUCGCACAGUAGAAAGUUCUCUGUUUUUAUCUCUUGUUAGGAUGGCUUUUAGGGCCAUUUUGAACAACAAGUGAGAGUAGUCCUGUAGACUGUCUGGUUUUACGUGUUCUUCAUCGGCUCAGCACUGUGGAAUGUUGAAUUGUGAACUUAAUUGAGUAAGUGAGUGCAUUCCGAGUGUUUCAUCUGGAUAUCCCUUGACGUUCGGCGACGAUAGUGGUCGUAGGAAACACAAACACAGGAAAAUAUCUAUUAUACAGAAACUACGGGAGAAACUCCUAAUCAUCUAAGUAGAUUCAAUCACUCAAGAAGUUUCAGGUUUUACACGGAAAAGGAACGAAUUGCACGCCCGUUUUAGGCCAGCCAAACGAUGGCUUCACCUCCUCCAUUGCCAUGCAGCCUACCUCCGUGCAGUCCGUCACCCGCACAGGCGUCCUUGCCUCAGGUAAACGUUCCAACGACUUCAACGCGUCCAGCUGCGAAAAAUCUUUUCCGUCGUAUCCCAGUUCCGCGAUUUGCCGUCCGUCUAAAUCGAGUCCAGGGAUCGUGCACACUUCAAAACGCUGUUCUUUGCAUUGGAAUACUAAGCAUCGGUCUGUACGUGUUCGAGGCUGUGUUGUUUUCAACGUUUAUAUUGUACAAUGCAUCUACUUCAUCUGGAAGCCCGCAAGACACGUGGGCACUCUCUGUCUGUAUCAUGCAGGUUCUUCAGGGGGUUGUUGGAGCGGUACUAAGUGGUUUCCUGCUCCGUGGAGCGCUACGUGAAGAACGUCGUUUCGUACUGGCUUGGCUCGUUUGUGCUGGACUCGGUAUUGCGUUUCUGUUCAAGGCUUGCGUCAUCGAGACGCUGGCCAUCACAGCUCAGAAAGCCAAAGAACAAGGAAACGCCGAGGCUCUUACGAAAACAGCCAUUAAAUGCCUAAUACUUUUCGUCGAAAUGUUUUUCUUUAUUGUUGUACAUGCGUUCUACGUGAGACUUCGCCAAGAUCAAGAUCCUCCACCUUACGAUACGAUUGCCUGAAGAGUCCCUCUAUGACUCGGAAGUUUUCACUUUGCUCCACGUAGUCCAUACAAUAUGCGUGACGAUUGCCAUCUAAUUUAGAAUGGUCACAUAGAGCCGUACUAUCGUAAUACUGUUUUACCCUUCAACAAACAACAAAGUGUCGAAAGGGAACCGUAAAAGCUAGUAGCUUCCCUUGAGAAAUGUCCGUUGGCCGAAGAAAAACGGACAGGGAAGGAUACGCAACGAACCUUGAUGCAGCAUAUAUACUACCCAUAUGUAACAAUCUUUUACAUAAGAAGGCCUGACAAAGAGACCUUCUGAUCCACGAGUUCCCACCCAUCGCUUGCGUAUAUCCAAUAUGUUCAUGUUUCGAUGCGCAAGUGCGUCAGCAAUGGUGACGCCUAUACGGCUCAGAGCUGUGGCCAGACUUGAAGAAUAACCAUGCUUUUAAUAUCCUUAGUGGAUUGUAGUUUCCUUAAUAUACGAUAUUAUAACAUAGAAACUUGCUAAGUUCAACCUAUUUUUACAACCUAAACAAUUUUAAUAAAUGUCUUAAAUAGAACAUAAUUGACAAGGAUGACCAUGUUGCUAGAGAGUUACGCCAGGAAAUACUAAAUAUUUAGACUUUGCAUAGUAUUUCAGUGAAUUCAACCCGAAGAUAUCUAGCAUAUCUUCUAGCUACGACCCUGUAACGUUGAAGUCUAUCGUUUGUGUACUCAGCAAAACAACUGAAGGGAAAAAGUUGUAACUAUGGCAGUUGAAUAGCCGCGCGCAUUCGAUAGAUGUUGCCUGGUCACACUGCACUAUGGUACGCAAUAACAUAUUGAAACUCGUCCGCAAUUGUUGCUUGGGCAGGACAUGAUCACCCGACUACAAUGGAUCACAGGCCAGUUCGACUACUUGUGAUAAUUUCGUCGUGCCUCUUGUGACGACGUCCAUAAUACUUAUCUCAGUCGAGUGAUGCUACUCGAGUGAGGUUUCUCGUCUGAAUAUAUACAUAUAUAUAUAUAGAUAUAGAUAUCUAUGGUUACAAUUGUCUGUUGCAUCUGUACAUAAGAGUAUAAAUGAUUUUAAUACUAGAACUAAGUUCACUUCAUAUUUAUAGUACAGUUGAUAUUUUUCUCUGUAAGUUAGUCGUUAAUAAAAAGCGAUGCUCUAUACUAGAGUGUGCUAGAUUUUAUAGACAUCCCUUCGGAGUAAAAUAAACUAUAAUAGAAAAUAAGUUAGGUUAGCCGGAAUGCUUUAUAUUGUAAUAGUUUUCAUUGCGUCCUACUUAGACUCUUUGUACCGGGAUAGAAUAGGAUAAGCAGUAUGAGAUGCAGCAGCUAAAUUGGCACUAAGGGCAGUUACUGUGGUCAUGGUAGGUUCUCAUCAAUUGGCGGACACUGUUUACUGCAAGCCGUUUUUGAGGUACUCCACACUUUACAUCUAUUCUGUAAUUAGUUUGUGAGAAACCAGGUCCUGGCUCCUUAUCAUCUUUAUAAUUUCAUAAAACUUGCUGCAAAGAAUCUCGUUGCACUGCUGAGGGCUGCUCUAACAUUUGUGCUCUGAUUUGCUCAAAAAGGUUCCGCGAUUACAGCGACUCGUUCUAAAAUUUCAAAUCUUGAGAUGCAGUUAUUUUCUGUGCUUUUUCAACUUUCUAACUUAAAAAUUGUUGCUCCAGUAACAAACUAUUGCUUCUCGAAGGGCUUUUGUGUGGUCCAGUUUCGUCCGUUCUCGAUAGAUCUCGCCAGUGUUCUCACCUUCGAGAACUACAUAAUCAAUUUAUAGUCGUAUACGGGGAAUAACUCUUAUAAAAUAUAGACCGAAUUCCAUUUCGGAGUAGUGCGUAGCUCAAAAGGUGUUCAGCAUCCUCGAUCCUCUGAAUAGCUACAAUAUAUGUAUAUGUGUUCAGUAUGUAACAUUGAUUUAUCUUUAAUGCCACAAUUGCGUAAAGCUAUGAAACAUUAGCAGAACUUAUUCAGACAUAGCACACUUUUAAGGAUGUAGCGGAAGAAGGAGAAUUAAUA